AAUCAAAAUACCUCUUCCGGAGUAGGGAACGCUAUGCGUUAUAGAAGGCAAGGCAUCACAUACGAAAUGUAAUGAUUAGUUAAAUAGUGAGGGUUUUAAGGGGUUAUAUUGCAUUAUCAAGCAAAUAUCUGACAUCUCUGUGAGACCAUCACAUAUAGAUGAGCUGAGCAAAAGAAAUUUCUGAUUCGUUGUUAUUUGAGUGUCAAUCAAUGUCACUAAACACGUGAACUGUGCUGCCCUUCACAAGCUACAAACAACUGGAUCGAAGACAUUGAUUCGCAGAGCUGUCAAUUCAGCUCCUGUUGUUAGAUGAACCGUCUGUAAGGCUAUUGUUACCCGCAGGGCAAGUGGUGUCACAGUUUAAGACAUACAGCCUUAACUCAGGAUGCAUCCGGAUCUGUCACCCCAUCUGCAUACUAAUGAGUGCAAUCAACUUAUAACACUUCUCAAACAGUGCCACAAAGAGCAUAACGUCCUCAAGUUCUUUGGCACAUGUAAUGAUUUGGACCGUGCAAUGCGUGAUUGUCUCAAGAAAGAGUAUCAGGCAAACAGGGAGCGCAGCAAGGCUCACGCAGAAGAAAUGAGACGCCGUUUAAAGGACCAACCAAAAGAACAUCCCUAAUAUCAAGAUGGAUCCCUUGGAGUACAGACCUAUAGCAGACAGGAAAGAGCUUCUGGUAUUCCUAGUGUGCCUAGACACUUUUAAGUCUGGAAUACUUUUCUCUGAGGAUAUGUAGAUUAAUUUAUUAUGGAUCUUGCAGUAAAUAAAGCAACAGAGUGAGUUGUCUGAA